AGAAAGCGAGAAGAACAGCUUCAUUUCCGCUUUUUCAUCUCAUUAUUCGCUCUCUCGAAGGAGAAUGGAAUUUUCACAGUGCGCCGGGAUCCGCGUUUCUCGAUCACGCCAACCCGCCACCGCUGUCGCAUCCGCCGCGCCUGGCCCUCGUCUCCUUCCCGCGUAAUCGUCAUUGCUGUUUUUGCUGAUCGGUCCCACUCUUCCUGUACUUUUUCUUCUCCUUUUCUCGGAUUCGUGUUCCGCAUUGCGAUUUCUGUGCAUUUGUUAACAAAAUUUACGGCUUUUAAGACGAUGAAAGUCGUUCGAGUCGUUUGAAGAUCUCGGUGAUUUGUUGCCGUUUUAGCUUCUGGAUUUGGAUUGAGAAUCGGCGAUGGAGGAUUAGAGGUAGGAGGAGGAGGAGGAGAGAGAAAGAAAAGGAGGGGGGAGAGAGAGAGAGAGAGAGAGAGAGUGUGUGUGUGUGUGUGUGUUGAGGUGUUUGAGUUUGGGGAACAAUGUCCACCAGGAGCGAAAAUCAUCAGACGGUUCCGCUUUCGGUGCUGCUCAAGCGUGAAUUGGCCAAUGAGAAGAUUGAGAGACCGGAGCUUAUACACGGUCAGGCGAGUCAGAGCAAGAAAGGAGAGGAUUUCACGUUGGUAAAGACGGAAUGUCAAAGAAUUGUGGGAGAUGGAGUUUCUACGUAUUCAGUUUUCGGGCUAUUUGAUGGGCAUAACGGGUCAGCAGCUGCUAUCUACUCUAAGGAGAAUCUUCUGAAUAAUGUUUUGGCCGCUAUCCCUUCAGAUCUAAACAAAGAUGAAUGGGUAGCAGCAUUGCCAAGGGCUUUUGUAGCAGGCUUCGUCAAGACAGACAAAGAAUUCCAAGAGAGAGCUAAAACAUCAGGAACAACUGUCACAUUUGUGAUUAUAGAAGGAUGGGUCAUAUCUGUUGCAUCCGUUGGUGAUUCUCGUUGCAUAGUUGAACCUGCUGAAGGUGGAGUUUAUUAUUUAUCAGCAGAUCAUAGGCUUGAAAUCAAUGAAGAGGAGAGGCAGCGUAUCACCUCAAGUGGGGGUGAGGUUGGUCGGCUUAAUACUGGUGGUGGAGCAGAGAUCGGUCCUUUGAGGUGUUGGCCUGGAGGCUUGUGUCUGUCACGAUCCAUUGGUGAUCUGGAUGUGGGGGAGUUCAUUGUUCCUGUUCCUUAUGUGAAGCAAAUCAAGUUGUCAAGCGCAGGUGGUAGAAUUAUCAUGUCAAGUGACGGAGUCUGGGAUGCUUUGUCUGCAGAAGAAGCUCUUGAUUGUUGCCGUGGGAUGCCACCGGACGCGGCAGCUGCACAAAUUGUUAAGGAUGCUGUAGGGCAUAAGGGACUUCGGGAUGAUACAACCUGCAUUGUGAUUGAUAUUUUACCACAAGAGAAGCCACAAGCUCCGUUAUCCCAACCAAAGAGGCACGGAAAAGGAGUGUUGUUUAAAUCCAUGUUUAAGAAAAAGUCCUCUGAAUCAUCUUCUAAUGUUGAAAAAGAAUAUAUUGAGCCAGACGAGGUGGAGGAAUUAUUUGAGGAAGGUUCUGCUUCACUUUCCGAAAGGUUAGAUACAAAAUACCCGCUCUGCAACAUGUUCAAGUUGUUUAUGUGUGCAGUUUGUCAAGUAGAAAUUGAACCGGGAGAGGGUAUUUCAAUACACGCUGGGUCAUCGAACCCAGGAAAAGUGAGACCUUGGGAUGGCCCCUUCCUUUGCUCGAGUUGCCAAGAGAAAAAAGAGGCCAUGGAGGGGCAAAGACCAUCAGGAAGAAGACGCGAUAGCGAUAGUGAUUAGGCAACACUUUCUCAGCACUAUUUUCUUUCGAGACCACUAACAAAAUUACUUUGAGGUUGUUGAUGAGUGGGAAGGUGGUGCAUCUGUUGAUACUAUUUCCCUUCAAUAUCUCACCGGGAUUUAUAGAACCAGAUCCGUUUUGGCACUCAACUUAGAAACCCUAUCUGGAUCUAUCUCACAUUCUCAUGUUUCAAGUCGGAAGAUCCCAGAUAGACCUGCAUGCUUCUUUAAGAUCCGUAUUUUUUACUUCAGAGCCACGUAGACAGUGCCUGCCUCCCUUAAAGAGGUUGUGGAAGGGCUGGAUGAACUAAAGCAUAAUGUGCAUCGGAGGUAACUCUCUCUGGAUCCAUACCCUUCUAUUUUACGGAGCUAACCUUGAUUCAAUACACUCUUCGAUGUCAUAUUAUUAUAUUAGGUGAACUUGAUGAGACCUCAGACUGAUUCAUUACACAGUAGGGGAAAUUUGAUGAUGAAUUUUUAUUUUU